GCCGACUUCAUCACCUACUACGAGGACGCGCAGACCAGGCGCCCCGUCAAAUGGAUCUUCUACACAGGGCGGACGGCUCACGUGAUGAGCUUCGAGCCGGGGGCUGUGCUGGAGGAUGUUGCGGAAUGGCAGGCGCCUGACUACUGCUUCACCGCUGAGAACGACCUCGCCUCCGAACCUGCUGAUCGGCGCGACGACGACGGCUUCAUCCCCAGAAUCAGAAUGCCGUUGGAAGGCUAGUCUAUCUCGCGGAACCGUUCGACCGUCGCUCGCGAUUGAUCGCUGUGUACUACUGUAUGUAACAAGGCCGUGCUCUGCUGUUGCCUGCUGAUCGAGUGCGUGUGCGCCGGCAGCAGCGUUUCGCCCGGACAUUGAUUCGCUUAAUCACAUUUUGCUGGCAAACCGACCGGGCAGUUCGCUGCGCAAGACGUUUGCUGCAAAUAAA